AUGACUCAACGCGCUGAUUGGAUACUUCUGCUAAAAUGUAGCGAGCAGUCAGCAAACUGUGAUCCUUCACAAGGGUCCAUCAAGAGAGAAUUCAACUUCAAGGCUUUUGGAUUUGAAGCUCCAGAUCCGUAUGAAUUUUCUCAUCCUCAGUGGACAUGGAUGGAUGGUGGAUUCUAUGUCGCCUUUCGCUUCGUUGUGGCGACAGUUCUCCUCACUUGGCUCGCCUGUGAGAUUCCCUUUGAGUUGCGUCAACUGGGUCCGGAUAAGCCGGUACUUCUGUAUUUCGCCUACGCCACGGAAUGGGCCUUUGUCCUCUAUACCUUCACCGCCAUCGCAUUUGCCGCCUUCUGCAUCUACUACAGACUGAAUCAGGAUCGUAGAAGCGAGGAUGACAUGAUCGGAAAUAAGGUCCUUUGGUUCUUUUUCAAUCUCGCCGCCAACACCAUUCUCACCACUUCGGGCAUCUACUGGAUUGGCUUCUGGGACAGAGAUUACGGUAGGAAAUCUCUUCCCAGUUGGAAUAAUUUGCAUUCCUCCUUUCAACAGAUCUUUUGA